CGUUUCUUAAUAGCCUUCCACACAUCUUGGUUUGCUUUGAUCCUCAUGUUAUGCUCAUGCCUUGUAUUUUUAAUAUCUAGCAAAGCUAGCCAGAGCUGUUCUGUAUUAAUCCUUGGUAUGCUGCAGGUGGAUAGAGGGAAGAGCAGCAGCUACAAGAAUCACUUCAUUUUGCAGGGCAUGCCAGUAGAACAAGGAAGUGCUGAAGUGGUUUUUGCUCUUGCUGUUUUAAGAAAGAUUAGGGGAAAACUUGCUGAAAACCUAAGGAGCAAAACAUGAGUCCUCCAGUGCUGGCAGCACUAUUUUAUAAAGCUUUGUGAACUGAAAGCUGAUAGGCACAGUGCUGGGAGUUGUAAACCAGUGUUUGAUCUGCUACUUCCCUGUCUGUUAUCAGUGUUCACAGUGUUUUAUUAUUUUGUUUUGCAGUUUACAAAAAUGACUAAGACUACUGGCUUGUCAGAAGACAUACUGCGGAAUUGCAAGAUCCUGCUGAAGGAGAGGGACGUGGUUCUCAAGCUCAUGAAUAAAUGUGAAGACAUUUCAAAGAAACUGACAAAACAUGUAACUAGGAUUACUGAAGAUGGAGGUGGUGGAUGGAACGUAGAGCAGCCUUCCAUUCUGAAUAAGAGCUUGACACUGAAGCCAUUUCAGACGAUUGGUUUGAACUGGUUAGCACUUCUUCAUAGUCAUGGAUUGAAUGGUAUUUUAGCUGAUGAAAUGGGCUUAGGAAAAACAAUUCAAGCUAUUGCAUUUCUGGCUUAUCUCUACCAAAAGGGCAAAACAGGUCCCCACUUGAUAGUUGUGCCAGCUUCAACAUUAGAUAACUGGAUAAGAGAAAUUCAUCUGUGGUGUCCUGAACUGAAACUCCUUUAUUACUACGGAUCCCAGGAAGAGCGGAAAAAUAUCCGGACGGACAUUAAUAAUAACGUUUUAGAUUUCAAUGUCAUUAUAACUACGUAUAAAUGUGCAAUUAGCAGCUCAGAUGAUCGACGACUGUUUCACAGGCUCAAUCUCAACUAUGCAAUUUUUGAUGAAGGUCAUAUGCUCAAGAACAUGAGCUCUGUACGCUACCAGCACCUUAUGAGAAUUAAUGCAAAGAGUCGCUUACUGCUAACAGGAACUCCAGUUCAGAAUAAUCUGUUGGAAUUGAUGUCUCUCUUGAACUUUGUCAUGCCACAUAUGUUCAGUAGCAGAGCUAGUGAAAUCCGAAGGAUGUUCUCUUCAAAAAUAAAGAGUACUGAAGAACAGAGCAUGUAUGAACAGGAUAGGAUUGCACACGCCAAGCAGAUAAUAAAGCCAUUCAUCCUAAGAAGAGUAAAAGAUGAGGUCCUUAAACAGCUACCUCCCAAAAAAGAUCACAUUGAAUUAUGUGCCAUGUCUGAGAAACAAGAGCAACUCUACUGUGAUCUCGUAAAUAAGCUAAAGAAAAGUAUUAACGGUAACGAGAAAAAGUCUGAUAUGGGAAAUGUAAUGAUGCAACUUAGAAAAAUGGCUAAUCAUCCUCUCUUACAUCGUCAGUAUUACACAAAUGACAAGCUUAGAACAAUGUCCACACUCAUGCUCAAGGAGCGCACACAUUUUGAUGCAAAUCCUGACCUUAUCUUCGAAGAUAUGACAGUAAUGACAGAUUUUGAACUACAUUUGCUUUGCAAGCAAUACCCUCAUGUCAAUGACUUCAAGUUAGACAUGGAUCAGAUUUUGGAUUCUGGAAAGUUCAGAGCAUUAGAACGUAUUCUGUCUGACCUUAAAGCAAAGGGCGACAGAGUUGUGUUGUUUAGCCAGUUUACCAUGAUGCUGGAUAUCUUGGAAGUUUUCCUAAAACAUUGGCAACAUACAUAUAUCAGGUUGGAUGGAAAAACACAUAUUUCUGAUAGGAUACAUCUGAUAGAUCAGUUCAAUACAGAUAUGGGAAUAUUUGUGUUCCUCAUGUCAACCAAAGCUGGUGGCUUGGGAAUCAAUCUGACUUCAGCAAAUGCUGUUAUUCUUCAUGACAUUGAUUGCAACCCAUACAAUGAUAAGCAAGCAGAAGACCGAUGCCAUAGAGUAGGUCAGACAAGGGAAGUAAAAGUCAUAAAGCUAAUCAGUAAAGGGACUGUUGAAGAAUCCAUGCUCAAAAUCAGCCAACAGAAAUUGAAGUUAGAACAAGAUAUGACUGCAACGGAUUCGGGUAAGCCUCCUGCUCAUAAUUAUGUCCACUUAAGUGAGUUAAGGAGAUCACUGAAACCUAUUAUUCUGAAAAACAAGAUCUGUGAUUCAGAUAAGACAAUUUUGGUUUAUGUUAAACUAGAAAGAUGUAUUGUGCUGAUUUACUGUGCAGUAUGACAGGAAGUGCUUUUGGAAUCUGACACAAGUCAAUGCUAGAUGUUUACAAGUGAGGAUUGUCUACAGUUUUUGUAUUCUAGACUUUUGUCUGUUUAUGUAAACACUAACGCAUAUUUUUAUCCUUCAGGAGAAGAAGGGACCAUUCCAACAGAUAUAGCCACGUUAUUAAAAGCCUCGUUAGGCCUCUAAAAUAUAAGUAUGUUUGGAAUUAAAGGAAUAAAGGUAAUGUUGUACCUACCCCAAGGACUCGCUCAUAAAGUUCAUGGUCACCAAUACUGUAAAUUUAUAACUUUUUAUAGUUUCUUCAUUGUAUUCCUCAUGGUAUUGACGAUUUUUAACACCAACAGCAUUCUUUUGAUGCUUGAAAACAGAAAUAGCACAAACAUGCCAACAUCAGAUGCUGAAAAAACGUUAUUUUAUAGGACAUUUUUCAAAAUGGGGACCUAAGUAGUAAUUGUUUUAACAGAUCUGCUACUGCUGAAGGUUUGUCAGUAUUUUUGUAAUUAUUUCUACCUCCAAAUAUAUAUAUAAAAGGACUGUCUGUUUCACUGGACUAUGCGUGUAGAUUUUUUAUAUGUGCCUUAUUUGACAAUGCUCGAGUCUGUUUCUGCUUGUUUUGGUUCACUUGAUACACUGUACCGGUUUUUUAUCAACUUGUUCAAAUAAAAUUCCAUCGAUUAACAAAA